AUGGCUUGUAUAUGGUAUGGCGUGCAGUCGUGGAUUGGAGCUGGUAUCGUUUUCCUUGCUUGGUCCGUUCACCGUGCAGGCGGACUCGGACCCGUUGUUGACCAACGACACACCCUACAGGGUAGCAAAUUGGCAUGGGCGGUGAUAAGGGGAGUCAUGUCCUCAAUCGCCAAUUUUGCUACGCUUAUCGUCAACUCGCUCGACUUUUCGAGGGUUGCCAGAAAGCCGAAGGACGCCUUGUAUUCACAGCUUUUCACCAUACCAAUCAGCUUUGCCAUCACUUCAUUCAUCGGGAUCAUCGUUUCCUCCUCUUCUGGAGUUCUUUACGAAAAACCUGUCUGGAACCCACUUGAACUUUUGGGCAGAUUUCUCGAUGGUGCGAGCAAAGGAGAAAGAUUUGGUGUCUUUAUCAUCUCCACUGCCUUUGCCCUGGCACAACUGGGGACAAAUAUUUCAGCCAACUCGAUAUCGGCCGGAACCGACAUGGCCGCCCUCUUUCCCCGAUUUCUCAGCAUCCGUCGGGGCGGGUAUAUAUGUGCAGCUGUUGGCUUCGCUAUGUGCCCCUGGCACCUACUUUCCACCUCAAACAACUUCACCACUUACCUCUCUGCGUACUCUGUCUUCCUUUCCUCCAUUGCAGGCCCCAUGAUCUGCGACUACUACCUUGUUCGCAAGGGCUACAUCAAAGUCAACGAGCUCUACAGCUCCCGAAAGCACAGCCCUUAUUACUAUACCUUCGGCUUCUCCUGGCACGCCUACGCGUCCUACGUCUCAGGGAUUCUCAUCAACAUUGUCGGUUUCAUCGGCGCUAUUGAUGUCGCGGGUUUGGCCAUCCCAGCGACGAGCAAGACGUGGAAUGAGAUUGAUGCCGAUGUCACUAAUCUAUCUGUGGCGUAUAACCAAGGAAGCUACGAAAGCAUCCCUGCCAGUAAUAUUGAUGAGGAGUCGCAGUCAAGAACACCAUCGUCGGCUGCGUAUGAUGAGCCAGAUUCUGUUGCGAAAGGUGGCAAAGGGCAUGUUGAUUUUCUAUCUUUCUCCUAA